AUGCCUCCAAUUAUUUCCCGUUUCAGGUCCUUCCAUAAAAUCGGUCUCUUGGCCGCAGUUUUUAUUUUUCUUAUAGUUGGAAUUCUUUGCAGCAAUACGUUUACCACAAAGACCCUUAAAGAUGACGAUUUAUUUUCUUCACCAACAGCUGUACCUUUAGAUGCACCAGAUUCGAACUCAAAAUUUGAAAACUUACAUAGUGAUAAUGAUAAUGAUAAUGAUGAUCAUGAUGAUGAUGCCCACGCUCAAGAUGUGGUUGGCCUUGCAAACUCGACAUUAGGAUUCCAAAAAAUCCUUUACCUAAAUGUUCCCGACAGAUAUAAUUUAGACGAUACAAUUACAAUGCAAAGUGCACUGAGUGGUAUUAAGCCUGAACAAUUUAUUGGGGUUAAUAUAAAAACUCUCAAGGAAGAAGGAUUACCUCCAUCAUCUCGACCAGAACCAAUGAUUGCUGGAGUCAAAGCUUGUUAUCGGUCUCAUGCAAAUAUGUGGCGUAAAAUGAUUGAUGAGGGUUGGGAAACAAUGUUAAUUCUUGAGGCAGAUGCAGUAUGGGAUAUUAAUAUACGACAAAUAUUUUAUCACUUUGGACAAGGAUUGGAACAAUUAAUGAAAAAACGAAAUAUACUUGAAAAGGGUGAACAUGCAACAGAAAAUGAUCCAUAUUUGAGUAAACAUUGGGAUGUGAUUCAAUUUGGAGGAUGUUAUGCCAAUGAACGUCGGAAAGAUGUUAGUGUGCAAUAUUACGAUCCAUAUGCACCAUCAGGGGUUCAUUUUUUUGGCGAUCUUAUAAAGAAUAAUCGCCGUGUAGUACGAUGGCAAGCUGGUGAAGUUUGUACAGUAUCGUAUGCUAUUUCUCGAGCUGGAGCAAUGAAGUUGUUAUUACGAACAGCUAUUGAUAUGAAUGAGCCUGUGGAUUUAAUUUUGGCUAUUAUGAUUGAGUCUGGAGGGCUAACUUCAUAUAGUGUUUAUCCCGUGAUGUUUGAUCAAUGGCAAUACAAGAGUACGUUAGGACUUGAGAGUAAGAACUCAGAUAUUAGAGGGCCUGAGGAUAUGGAAGGAGGAAAUAAUAAUAAUAAGCAGGAUAAAGAGGAGACCAGAAAUUUAUGGAAAGGGUUACAUGAGACUCUGGACGUUUGGACAUCUCGAUUUCCUGAGAAUUCAAGGUUUAAGAAGAAUGUGUUGAACAAUCUCAAGUCGUAUAUAUUUGAUAAGAAAAAGAUAUUUGAAGCAGAGAUUGAAAAGUCAAUUGAGGAAGAGAAUGAAAGUAAUAACGAUUAA